AUGCUGAGAAAGUUUUCUUUUCUGAAAUCUAAUGCUCUUCACAAUCCAUCUCCAUUUGUAGACGGUGCUUUGCAACUUAUAAAACUGCAUUUGGCACAUAAAAACGCCGCAAUGGAAGGUGAUAAAAAGGCAUGCCACGCUAUUGAGAGUGAGUUCCUACGAGAAGUUGAGGCAUUUCGACCUUCUUUUACAAUGUCUUCCUCAUUGUCAGUAGCAAAACUUUACACUAAAAAAUUACAUGGUGCUUUGUCGUAUUUCCAACUUCACGAUGAUCCCCUUAUGCGGCAACUAGAUCUUAUUAUUGGGAAACAAAGUAUGCGGCAAAGCACGAAUCGUCAUGCUGGUGUUUUCAAAACUCCUGCCUCUACACAAAUGACUUUACUCUCUUCUCUAGAAGAGAGAGAAGAAACUGUUCUGCCGACGGAACUACCACACCCGCCCAAACCAGACCCGUUUGAGCCACUUCGUGAAGGUGCACUCAAAGUGCCAGCACGUCACCGUGGACAUUGGGUACUACGAGAUCCUGGUAUUGCAAUCACACGUGAAGAGCGGAAAAGCGAUCCUUGGUAA